ACCAGUCGCAUUUUGAAUCUCCAAUCGUGAACAACUCAAGUCAUGGCCGACAAGAAAAAUCUCCUUUUGCUCUUUGAGAACCCAAGUGAACCUGUCUUUACCCCAAAGGGUAAACAGAAUGCAGUUUUUCAAGUUCCUGACAAAUUCCUCGAGGAUAAGUACCAAAAUAUUGGAAGUGACAUUCAAAGUCGAUUUGGUGAAGAAGCUGAAGUGACAAUUCCCGUUAGAGAUGCGGGAAUUCCGAACAUUAAGGUGGCAAGUGAAUUGGAUAAGCAGGACAACUUCUCGUUGUUCAUUCCGAGACAUAGAAAGCUUGCUAGUGCUUUGACUGAUGUCUUUUUGAAGGCCCGUGACAUUGAUCAACUCCAAAGCUACGCAGUUUAUGCUCGUGAUCGAGUAAAUGGUCAAUUGUUCAAUUAUGCCUUAUCGGUUGCUUUACUUCAUCGACCAGACACAAAAGAUUUAAAUUUGCCCCUCUUUGUUGAAAGCUUUCCAAGCAAAUUCAUUGACUCAAGAAGCUUCGGAAGAGCUCGUGAGGAAGCAAAUGUUGUUCAACCAGGAUCUCGUAGACCAAUUGUCAUUCCUAGAGAUUAUACAGCUUCGGAUUUAGAACCUGAGCAUAGACUUUGGUACUUCCGUGAAGAUUUAGGAAUUAACUUGCAUCAUUGGCACUGGCAUUUGGUUUACCCAUUCGAGUCAAGUGACAUCAAUAUCGUUCGUAAAGACAGGCGUGGUGAAUUGUUCUACUACAUGCAUGAACAGAUCGUUGCUCGUUACAAUUUCGAACGUCUCUGCAAUAAUCUACCUCGAACAGCACCUUUGUCUGAUUUUAGAGCAUUUAUCCCUGAGGGAUAUUUCCCCAAAUUAGAUUCACUGAUUGCAUCUCGAUCAUGGCCAGCUCGUCAAACAAAUGCAGUCUUACAAAAUCUGAAUCGUACACUUGAUCAAGUUGUCUUACAAAUCACGGAUUUAGAAAGAUGGCGUGAACGAUUCAUGGAUGCCGUUAAUCAAAUGGCUUAUGUUGAUGCUCGUGGACAACGAAGAGCUCUUGAGGAACAAACGGGUAUUGAUGUUUUGGGAGAUAUGAUGGAAGCAUCGCUAUUGACACCAAAUUCUAAUUAUUAUGGUGAUCUUCACAACAUGGGACACGUCAUCAUUUCCUACCAACAUGAUCCUGAUCAUCGUCACUUGGAGAGUUUUGGUGUUAUGGGAGAUUCAGCAACAGCUAUGCGUGAUCCAAUCUUUUAUCGCUGGCAUCAAGCUAUUGACGAUAUGUUCAAUGAAUACAAGAUUCGUCUUCCACCAUAUACAGUACAGCAGUUGUCAUAUCCAGGCAUAACUGUUGCUAGUGUUGGAGUUCAACUUGAAAAUGGACGCAACAAUCAGUUCCAUACUUUCUGGCAACAAUCUGAUAUUAAUUUGUCAAAGGGUAUGGACUUUGUGCCACGUGGUGAUGUCUUUGCCAGAUUUACUCAUUUGCAGCACAUCCCAUAUAACCUUACCAUUCAAGUCAACAAUGAUUCAGGUGCUCCCAAAUUGGGUAUGGUUCGUGUCUUCAUGGCUCCACUUGCCGAUGAACGUAAUCAGCAAAUGCUGUUCCGUGAUCUACGUCGUAAUAUGAUUGAAUUAGAUAAGUUCGUUGCUAACUUGCGCCCUGGCCAAAAUACUUUAAGACGAAGAUCUGUUGAAUCAACUGUUACAAUUCCUUACGAAAGAACUUUCAGAAAUUUGGAUACUCGUCCAACUGGAGGACAAGGAGAACAACAGUUCAACUUCUGCGGAUGUGGAUGGCCACAUCACAUGUUGAUUCCAAAAGGUACAACUCAAGGAAUUCGCGCACAAUUAUUCGUUAUGGUCUCAAACUACGAACAAGAUCGUGUCAAUCAAGAUUUGGGUGGAACUUGCAGUGAUGCUGCAUCAUACUGUGGAAUUCGUGAUCGUUUGUAUCCUGAUAGACGUCAUAUGGGAUAUCCAUUUGAUCGCAUUAAUCGACAAGGUGCUGAUGCUUUGGCUUCAUUCUUGACACCUAAUAUGAGAGUUCAAGAUGUUAUGAUUAUUCAUAAUGAUCGCGUUUCUGGUCCAACAGGUCAAUAGAUUAACUUUUAUACUCAAUUAUUUACAGGG